GACGGCGACCCCACCUCCCCCUUCUCUCUCUACGCCCCUUCCUCCGGCUUCGCCGAAGCUCUCUCUCCUCUCCAUUGUCCAUCCAACUCGAGCUCCUCCGAACCUCGACGCGAGCGAAAUCCGGCGCCCGCUUUGCUCGUCGGGGCCCCACCGGCCCCCUCCCCCGCGCUGCCGGAUUGGAGAUCCGGAUCUCCACGCGCGCGGUAUUUCAGUGAUUUGAGAUUCCAUGCAGCCUUUAGCUCCAUGGUUGCAAGACCAGGUUGUUGUCACCUUCUGAGUUCGUGUCCGACAUGUUAAUUUUUUAAAAAUUGCCAGAACUGGGACAAUGGCUUCUGGUACAAAAUCUGAUUUGGUGUCUGGUAGCCCAGAUGGGCAUGGAUACUUCAACGCGCAACGCAGCCCCUAUGCAGCUGCUUCAUUGGAAAGGUCAGGAAGCUUUCGUGAAGGUGGUGAUGGUUAUGCAAUGUUCCCAGCACCAAGCUCUUCAAGAUCAACAGGAGUGGACUCUGCCACUCUUCUUCAUUCACUUGCUGUGGACUUAAGAACUGCAACUGUGGAUCACAAGACAUCUCGGUUAGAUCUAAAAAAAUCAAUAAGUUCCAUUUUUGGAACCUCCCCCGAAGAUUCGACGCCAACUCCAUCUCUAGGAAGAAAUCUAUCUAAUUCUGUUGAAGAGAUCAGACGCAUGAAGAAUAAUCUUAAUGAUAACUCAAACAAGGCUAGGGAAAGAGCCAGAGCUUUUGGUGGUGCUGUAAUGAAGAUUGAGAGACUUUGUCCUAAUAUUGUAAGAAAACGUUCCCGAGGAGAUGGUUCAUCAAAUGAACGAUCCGGUGCAUUAUUGUCUGGAGGAGUUAUCCCUAAAAAUGUACCACAAAGCCAUUUAAAUGCCGAUGAUGUGGAACUUGGACCUCAGAGGGGAGAAGAAAGGACAAAGAAUGCAGGACAAAACAGGAGAAUACGUACAUCCAUGGUGGAGAUGGAUGCAAGGACAGCUGGUCCAUCAAGGGGGCUGGGGCCUACUGAUAGAAUCUCAGAUCCUGGCAAAGCCACCAAUGGUGGUUCAGCAGUCCCAGAAGAAAAAACAAGAGGUUUGGCAACUAGUAUUGAUGGUUGGGAGAAGCCAAAGAUGAAGAAAAAGCGUUCUGCUAUUAAGGCAGAUAUGUCCCUUGUUGGUGCUUCAAGGACUCCUGAUGUAGACCGGGAGUCAAAGCAAGGCAUGCAACACAAGUUUAGUAACGAUGGUAGGGCAAGAAUGGCAAGUUCCUCUAGUUUCAGGUCUGGAACUGUUGCAUCUGGCACUAGUAAAGCAGAUUUACUUUCAGCACAAAAUGGUCUUGUUGGACGAUGCUUAAAUAGGAGUGACCAAGACAGUAGUGGUUUCCAUCCUACUAAUAGAAGGGAUCGUCAAGUUCUUUUAGAUAAAGAAAUGCCUAAUCCAAGAACCAUUAACAAGCCAAAUGAAGAUGACGGAGGAGGUAAUAUCUCAUCAUUGCCGAAGGCGAAUGGGUCUGCCAGGGGACCCCGAUCAAAUUCGGGUUUAUUAUUGAAAUCAUCUCCAAACAUUCAUCGAUUACAAGCUAGUUCUGAUGAUUGGGAACAUCCUUCUGGUACAAAUAAGUUAAUUUCUGCUGGUGGAUCUGGAAAUCCUAAACGUACGAAGUCUACACAUUCAUUAUCUCCUCCCACCCAGUGGGGUGGGCAGAGGCCUCAAAAGAUAUCCCGCUCGGCAAGGAAGUCAAAUUUAGUCCCUAUUAUCACAACUACCGAUGGUGCACUGGUAUCAAGUUCGCUAGACAGUCCUGUCAAUGAAGAUUCUCCAGGGCUACCAAGGCGUGCAUCUGUAAAUGGUCUUCAACAAACGAAACGGGGAGAUCAUGGGCCCUCUACUGGAUCUGAAGGUGAUGAACCUGUAGUUGCUGAGAAAAAGCUAAGGGACAAAAGCAAAAGGGCUGGUGAACUGGAUGACGGGCAUGGCUCUGGUUUUCAGAAAAUAGCUAUGCUUGGGCAUCCUUCCAAAAGGAAUAAGUUGUUUGCUGAUGAGGAUAUUGGAGAUGCUGCAAGGAGACAAGGAAGGGUUGGACGGAGUUUUACUCCAACCAGGCCUGGCACUCCUGUAUCAAUUGACAAGCUUGAAAGUGCUCCGACUACAAAACAAAGAAGUGUGAGGACAGUUUCAGAGAGAAACGAAAGUAAAUCUGGAAGACCAAUUUUGAAAAAGAUAUCUGAGCGCAAAGGCAAUGCACGACCUAGACAUAUAAGUAGUAGUGUGCAAUCAGACUUACCUGUGCAAUCGGAAGAUGAUCAUGAGGAGCUUCUUGCUGCAGCAAAUGCUGCCCUAAGAUCUGCUUGUGCAAGUCCACUCUGGCGGCAGGUUGAACCUUUCUUUGCUUUUUUGACUACAGAAGAUGUAGCCUAUCUAAGUCAACAGAUACAUCUGCCGGAUGACUCCGCCUCGAGCAGGUCAGUGGAAGGAGAUGAAAGCCAGAAAUAUAAGGGUGGUCUUGAAUACAUUUCACAGCCAUCAACUCCGGCUGGUAGCAACAAAGAUGAUCACACCGCCCUUCCAAAUGGUUAUGGCUUGAAUCAGUUGGAUAAUGGCAUAGGGGUUGCCUGGGAGACAAGCUGCAUCGAACCUAUCCUGGAUCAACUUGUCCACGGGAUUGGGGUAAAAGGAGGUGCUUCAGUUGGCCAAAGACUUAUUCAAGCUUUGAUUGAUGAAGAUAAGGUUGAAAGUAUUACCAACAACAUUUACAGAAGUGAGGGAUAUCCAUUUGAUACACAUGAAAUCCAUUUCAAUGGAGGAUGGAAGUCUCAUUCACAUGAUUAUAAGUUAGAGCCUUUAAUGAAUUUUGAAGCUUCAGUGAGGGGCCCAAAUGGUUUGAUGAUGGAUUUUGACUGGAAAUGUAACAAUGAACUUCCACAUAAAAGCGGGAAUAUCAUGGAGAAAGCCAAGGUGUGGCCUGACUUUCAGUAUAGUGAGUUGUGCUUCAGUGAUAGGAUUAUCAUCGAAUUGAGUGAAGUUGGUGUAUCUGUUGAACCUGUGCCUGAUCUUACACAGAGUGAGGACGAGGAUAUUAAUGCUGAAAUCUGUAAAUUAGAAGGCCAACUUCAUAAAGAGGUUGUGGAGAAGAAAAACUUGCUAUUGAAACUGGAUGGUGUUGUUAGAACUGCAAAAGAGUCUCAGCAGAGUGAAUUUUCACGGCGUGCCAUGGACAGACUUUUGCUGAGAGCAUACGAGAAAUAUAUGGCUUUCUGUGGUCCAAAUGUUUCAAGCAGCAAAAAUGUUAAUCGAGCUGGCAGACAUGCUGUGCUAAGUUUUGUCAAGCGAACACUAGCACGUUGCCAAAACUAUGAGGAGGUAGGAACAAGUUGCUUUGAUGACCCCAUUUUCAAGGAUCUGUUUGUGUCAGUUACCUCUCACAGAGGUGGCCCAGAUGCCGCUUCACAAGAUAAUAAUACAAUAGUGAAAUCAGUCCAUUGGGCCAGUGCCUCAGAUACUUCGCGAGCAAGCAUUCACCUGUCGGAUCUGUCAUUUGCAAAGGAGGAUCCCUGGACAAAUAAUGUAAAACAAAGGGAAUUGUUGCUCGAUGAGGUUGUAGGUAGCAUAACAGGAGGAACCCUGAAAACCUCGGGCCUUGGUAAUCCGCUUGUCAGCAAUACAAAAGGAAAGAGAAGUGAGAGAGAUAGAGAAGGGAAGGGGCACAACCGAGAUGGUGUUAGAUCCGGUCGUCCAUCGUCAUCCAAUGCAAAAGGAGAAAGGAAGAAUAAAACAAAGCCCAAACAGAAGACAACCAACAUCUCUGCUCCUGCGAGCAGUACUCCUAGGGAUACACAGUUGCCAGCCAAAAUAACGCCUUCGAACAAUGGCAAGGACAGCACGGCUGCUGCUGCUAGACGUGAUGAUCCAGCAAAUGCUUCAAAUGAUGCUGAAAUGCCAGACUUGUCUAACCUCGAGCUGCCAGGAAUGGACAUCGACUUUGGUGGCUGGUUAAAUAUAGACGACGAUGGACUCCAAGAUCUCGACUUGAUGGGCCUCGAGAUCCCCAUGGACGACAUCAACGAAAUCACGUUUCAUCUCAACGGCCCCCCAUAGAAAGCUCCCUAUAGUGCACAGGUAACAAGGUGAUUUUCUCGAGAUAACCACCAACCCAGCAGGUUAAACGACAGGCCGGAUAGGCUUCAGGUAGUUUUGAUAACGUUUAUAGAGACCUCUUCACAGUCCCCACCCACAUUUCCCCCUUUUUGUACCAGCGUGUAAUUUGCCUCCCUACCUUGUACCAUAUGUAACCCUGUCGUAUAGACGUGUACAUAUCUAUUUUGGUAUUGUACAAGGUAGGGGAGCUAGUUGCUUCAUUUAUCCAGAUGUACUGAAAAGGUUGUAUAUAUCGUCAUCCUAGCGCUGAAAUAAAGCGCGCCAGUUAUAGCAACUUGUUUGUUGUAAAUCCCGUAACAGUGGCGCACAGCCGCACACCAUUUUUGCUA